CAUUCCCAGAAUUCCUUGCGUCAUGUCGUUCAUCGCUUCUGCGGCUCGUUUGAAACAUGGAGGAAAAGGAAAGAAACUCUGCGAAGCCCGAUAGAAAACAAACAGAACCGGAGACUGAGAGCAAACAAACAGAACCGGAGCCGGUACCGGAGGGUGAUGAAUUAAAUGUCUGCUCUGAGAGGUUCGACCCGCUGCUGGCUCUCUACUCCCCCACGGCGCCGCCGCUUCCCUUCCCCAACAUUAAAUGCUUCAACAACGUGGCGGAGUACGAGAGCUUCCUGAGAGGCGGCCCUGGCCGAGCAAAGCCGGAGAAUGUGGAGAAAAGGCUGCGGAAAGCCACGAAGGGCCGGGCGGACCCGGAGCGCAUGGAGAGGCUGAGAAAGCUGAUGGUGAACAACCCGGUGACCGAGUCCCAGGAGGCGGGAGAGAGCAGCGGGGCAGCGCCGAGAGGAAGGAGGCGGAGACCGCAGAGAAACGUCCUGACCAGGAUGGCCUUGUGUAAGGACAGUCCUCUGGGGGGGCUGAACUACUGCGUGCAGGAGAAGAUCCGAGUCCGAGUUCACAUCCGGACCUUCAAAGGGCUGAGAGGCGUUUGCUCCGGCUUCAUCGUGGCCUUCGAUAAAUUCUGGAACAUGGCGAUGGUUGACGUAGAUGAGACGUACAGAGAGCCGCUGCUUGGAGAAGCCCUGUACCAUGAAAAAGCCCUCACCAUUUCACGGCUCUUCGAGAAGCUGAGUCUGCAGGAAGGUUUGGGAUCCAGCAAAAAGCCCGCCGACACCACGGAUGGCAGCAGGAGAACACCAUCAGAGUGCGGCGAAAGCAAACCGGACAAAAGCGACGUCUCGGCGUACGGGAAGGUGCACACGCGCCACAUCAACCAGCUGUUUAUCCGUGGUGAAAACGUUAUCCUGGUGAACCCGCAGCCUCUCUGAUGCCUUUUCUUCUCAUACUAAACAACAGAUUCCGGUGAAUCGAUGAGCUGUUAUAUCAUAUUGAUAUGAAAAACCAGAGAAAUUAUCCUUUCAGUGAAAAAUAAAGGUCUCUUUAUUGUGA